AUGCUGUGGCGACCCUUACGUCGACUGCCGGCCGCAGUGGCCCAUCAUGGGGCUAUCCGAUGUCGGCUUCCCCAGUCGCCCAGGUUGACACGCCAACUGUCCAGCUCAACUACAUUUCCGACAUGGUCACAAUUCAACCGGUCCGACUUUACCAGUCAGCCUUUUAGCGGCAGCUAUGAGGCUGGACUCCCCACUGCCGGGCCACUGGCAUCUACACCAGCCUUUGGAGCCCCGCGCAUUACACCCAAGGUGCUAAAGCAGUACCUGGAUCAAUAUGUCGUCGGCCAAGAUCGCGCGAAGAAAGUGCUCAGCGUAGCUGUUUACAACCAUUAUCAGCGCGUGCAGGAGGUCGUGCGCCGCGAAGAUGAGGUGACCGAAGCUAAUAUUAAGCGCCAGCGAAGGGAAGCACUCGAAACUCAUUCCUUAGACGAUGACUUCCCAAGUCCCCAGAAGACUGCCGCUAUACCGCAAACUCCCAAAUUCCGCACAAAUGCCUCGGGGCAACCAGAGCUCGCCGAUACGUCACCGUUACAACUGGAAAAGUCCAAUAUUCUGUUGCUUGGUCCGUCUGGUGUAGGAAAAACGCUCAUGGCAAAGACACUUGCUCGAGUCCUUUCAGUUCCUUUCAGUAUCUCCGACUGCACUGUGUUUACACAGGCUGGUUAUAUUGGAGAAGACGCUGAGCAGUGUGUCCACCGACUUUUGGCAGCUGCAGACUACAACGUGGAACAAGCGGAGCGUGGAAUUAUUGUUCUUGACGAGGUGGACAAGCUCGCGGCUGCGAAAGUCAGCCAUGGCAAGGAUGUCGGCGGCGAAGGAGUGCAGCAGGCACUUCUCAAGAUCAUCGAAGGCACAACCGUGCAAGUCCAAGCCAAGCCAGAGAAAAACCCCCGCGCAACCAGCCCUCCGAACAGCUUUCCGUCAAACAGCCCACUAGGCAACGGGUCCUUCCAAUCACACAACCCCAACCCAGCCGCAAAAGGCGAAGUGUACAACGUGCGCACAGACAACAUCCUAUUCGUCUUCUCCGGCGCCUUCGUCGGCCUGCACAAACAAAUCAUGGACCGCAUAUCUCGUGGAUCUAUAGGCUUCGGCCAACCCGUCCGCACACCCUCGACAACAAACGAUUUUCCGGGAUCACCAAAUGCCACCCCCAACCAACCCGUUCCAAUCCUCCCCGGAUCCGAAGAAGAAGCUCUAUACAAGAAACAUCUUCCCUUCUUCAGUUCCGCAUCGCCAGCUGGUUCUGGCGAACCAACCUAUUUCAACGCUCUAGACCUCCUAACACCCUCCGACCUCCAAAGCUACGGCUUUAUACCCGAGCUGAUCGGCCGAAUCCCCGUAACAGCGGCUCUCUCUACUCUCUCCCAGCCUCUCCUCAUGCGCAUCCUAACCGAGCCCCGCAACUCUCUCCUCGCGCAAUACACAACCCUUUUCUCGCUCUCAGGCAUUGAGCUGCGAUUCACAACGCCGGCUUUGCACAAAGUCGCUGGUAAUGCAUUCACCAUGGGGACCGGCGCAAGAGCACUGCGCACAGAAAUGGAAACGAUUCUCAGUGACGCGAUGUUCGAAUCACCGGGGUCGAGCGUGAAAUUUGUUCUUGUUACCGAGGCUGUGGCAGAGCGGAAAGAGAAACCUAUCUAUCUCGCUCGUGGGCAGGGCGGUCGUUUCCAUGCUAUGAUUUCUGCCGAGGAGAGUAUUUGGGAGGAGAAGACCAAGAAGGAACAUGAUAAGAAGAAACCGCGGGAUGAGGCGGAUGGCUCUGAUGCUUCAAGUUUUCAGGAGUAUAGGAGUAAAGCGGUUGGCUAA